UAUAACAAAUAAUUUGAGAGUUAUUAGAAUGUACGAUCUGUCUGCUACCCUUGUCGGUCACUCCUCUGAUGUCCGGUGCUGCUGCAUGACCGCCACUGGUCUGAUAGUGACAGGGUCCAGGGACAACACUGCCCGGCUCUGGGAACAGAACUCUGACUGUGACAAGGACACACCCGCUGCUGACAGGUGGAGCGUGAUAUGUCAGCUAACUGGACACACAGGGUUUGUGAACGCAGUUGCGUCCCUCAAGACCACUGAUGACUUUCCGAAGGGCCUUAUUGUGACUGGCGGACAGGACAAAGUUAUCAACAUCUAUUGUACAGGAGUAGCAGAGCCGAUCAAGCAGCUUAUCGGACACACGGAGGGAGUCACGUGUCUCUCCACGGGAUGGCACGGUACUAUUCUGUCUGGGUCAGCUGAUAGCACCGUUAGGGUAUGGGAGGAGAUGGAACUGAAGGAGGUGCUGAAGGGACACUCUGCUCCGGUGUGGGACGUGGCCAUCUACCCUGGUGCGGGGAUCUACCUCUCUGCUAGUGGAGACAAGACCAUUAGACUCUGGAGAGAUGGUAAACAGGAGACAGUGUACAAAGGACAUCUGGACGCAGUAAGGAAGCUAUCAGUUCUCCCUGACAAGACCUUCAUGUCCUGCAGUAACGACGGGACCGUCAGACACUGGGACAUUUCGGGUUCUUGUCUUAACACGGUCCAGCUGAGCAGCAACUUCCUCUACUCUCUCUGUCUCCUUCCUGAAGGAUUCGCAGUGUCAGGAGAAGGAGGUAACCUGUUUAUAGUAAAGGAUGGUUCACUCCAACAGAGCAUCCAGAUACCAGCUAUCAGUGCGUGGUGUUGCGAACCUCUCCCUGAUUCUGAUAUUCUCGUCGGAGGUAGCGACGGAGUAGCUCGCAUCUUCAGUCCCCACGAGGGGAGAUUAGCACCACUGAUAGAUAGGGAGCAGAUGAAGGAACAGCUAGCUGCACAGAAACACAGUGCACAGAGUGUGGGAGAUUUACAGUUGGAUAAACUACAAGGACCUGAGGCUCUGAACAAACCAGGAAGAGAGGGACAGACCCUGAUGAUAAACAGGUCGGGUACUGUGGAGGUGUACCAGUACUCAGGGGGCAGCUGGCAGAGCUUAGGUGUAGUACAGGACGCGUAUGACAAGGAUAAGCACGAACUGGACGGAGUAAAGUACGACUUUGUGAUAAAUGUAGAUGUAGAGGAGGGUAAGCCUCCUCUCAAGCUGGGCUGUAAUAAAGAGGACGAUCCUUGGAAUGUGGCUCAGGAAUUCAUCAACAAAAACUGUCUUUCUCAGGCGUACCUAACCCAGAUAGCAGAGUACAUAAGGCAGAACACGGGUAUUGAUAACAAGGCAAUGGAGUACGACCCUAACUUCAGCGACCCCUACACUGGUGGGAGUAGACAUGUUCCUGAUGCUGGUCAAGGUAAGAGUCCAGCUCUGGGUACGACAAGACACUUUCCUGCCACCAGGGUACUGACAGAGAACAUUCCUGACGCUUCUAAACUGAUCAAGAAGAUAACAGAACACAAUGGUUCGGUAAAUGAGAAUAGUCAGCUCAGUGGAGAUGAACUGACUCACUUCGAGAAGAUCGCCAAGAAGACAAGUGAGGGACAGAAGCUGGAUGCAGGUGAUAUGGAGCUGGUAGCUAAACUGUUAUCUUGGGACAAGAGUCUUGUCUUCCCCUGUUUAGAUCUAGCUAGAUCCAUCAACAAAACAUCACCUGAUUUCUUCGAACUUCAGGAUAAGUUCAAUAUCGCCGUGACUAACUACAAGGCUGACUCCACCACGUGCGUGAGGGUCGCGCUGCGCUUCCUGGUUGACAUCACGUGUCAGCACACUGAGUACUGUGUUCAGAACUUUGUAGACUUCAUCGCUCCGGCUAUGGACUGUCUCAACACUACUGAUAAGAAGUUCGUGUGUAUGUCUCUUAACAAGAUUCUACACAACAUGACAUGCGUGGAAACAGACCAAGUCACUUCAAGAUAUCUUUUAGACUGCAUUUCUAAGUUACUGGAAUAUAUACAGCGGGAAUUGACAGAAAAAGACAAGAUUGAGACUAUGCAGUUUAACCUUCUCGUUGCAACGGGAAAUUUAUUGACAAAGCACCCGCAAAUAAAACAGUUCGUUGUCAAGACUCUUAUGGAACAGUUCUCCGCCCAAAAGUUCAGCCACAAAAUCAGAAUUACCGCCAACGAAAUCCUUGCGAUGUCUUCUUAGUGCCCGGAAAAUGUUGUAGUGUUUAUAUAUUUAGUUUGGGAAGGGUUAUUUUGAUUAUAACUGUGUCAGUAUGGUGUGCAGUUUGGGACCUUUGGACAAAAGUGGCUUUUGUUUAUUAAUUUCUUUUCGUAAUCUACUGGACUGGAACUGAGUGACAAAGAAUUUAAUCUUAGAAUCGGAGAUUAUUUUUAUUCGCCAUCGAUUUCAGAAAUUUCCAAUGAAGCCGUGGCCCGUGUUGACAAUGGCAAACAUUCACGCUGCGACUUUGAAAUGAGAAAUUUUGCGUUUGAUGGAGAAAUGACUAAAAUGGUUGACAUUUUAACCGUUAAAAUGAAAGUCGUAAACUCGAAAAAUUGAUGGUGUUAACUGAUCUCACACCCAUGAUAUAUAGUCUGAUGUUUUGAGUUAAUGUUAGUUCUCCGGAUUGAUACCAACACUGAUUAGCUCCUUAUAAGGUAGUGUUAGCUUAGCUUAUGUUACACUCCUUAUAAGGUAGUGUUAGCUUAGCUUAUGUUACACUCCUUAUAAGGUAGUGUUAGCUUAGCUUAUGUUACACUCCUUAUAAGGUAGUGUUAGCAUUGCUUAUGUUACACUCCUUAUAAGGUAGUGUUAGCUUUGCUUAUGUUACACUCCUUAUAAGGUAGUGUUAGCUUUGCUUAUGUUACACUCCUUAUAAGGUAGUGUUUGCUUAGCUUAUGUUACACUCCUUAUAAGGUAGUGUUAGCUUAGCUUAUGUUACACUCCUAAUAAGGUAGUGUUAGCUUAGCUUAUGUUACACUCCUUAUAAGGUAGUGUUAGCUUAGCUUAUGUUACACUCCUUAUAAGGUAGUGUUAGCUUUGCUUAUGUUACACUCCUUAUAAGGUAGUGUUAGCUUAGCUUAUGUUACACUCCUUAUAAGGUAGUGUUAGCUUAGCUUAUGUUAUUUAUAGUUUGAGUUCCCGGCACGGGGGACAGUCUGGUGUUUAAUGUAUUUAUAUAUCAAUUUUAUUACUUGCGACAAGUGAAGAUCUAUUUAUCCGGGAUAAAAUGUGAAUUUCGAGUGUUUUUCGUUAUUCAACAGAUUUCAGAAAUCAUUUCUGCAAUUCUGGUAGGCUGUGCCACCUUUGUAUUGACAGGGUGAAUUCUAGUUGACAAUACUGUUGUUUCUAAUGAUGGUAUUAUCGUGGUAACUAUUUAAUUUGUAAACUUGUAAAA